AGUACCCACAUAGAGACGCAGAAUAGAUCAUACGCACACUCCGUUACAGCCGUCACUAUAUAACUGAUCACGACAAGUUUAUGGUGACGUGCACUUUCAUUUUUAUGACAGAAAGUUGAUUAACUGUUAAAUAUAAGUAAUUAGAAGUAAUAACAAACUAGAAGUUUUGUGUAUUGUUUAUCAAAAAAUAAAACUGCACAAAUGGUGCGCUUGCAGCAGAAUACAUAUGCUACAUUGUUAAUAUCUUGCAGAAAGGUCUCCUAAGAGAGGAGUGCCUUUAAUAAGAGGUUCCUUCUUUCUUAGUUAGAUACUGAGGAUCUUAAACAUGACUGAUAAUCGUGAAAAUUUCUCAAUUCCAACAAAUCAAAGUUCCAGCAGAUCGUUUAAUUCUUUACGUUUGGAAUUUGGACCUAUCAGUGACGUUCAUAAUGAAAUGUCAGCGGAAAAACGAAGACAGUUGAAAUGUAGUUUCCAAAUACAAGGAAGCGAGAUGACGUUAAUUAACUCAACAAAUUCUUCCCUUUCCAAUUCGAGUGGGGCUACAGCAGCAUGCCCACCUAUAUCUUUUCGUCCGAGUUUGCCUUUGUCUUUGCCAAAACUGCCAUUAAGACCACGUUCUACAGUUCCAGCAGAUCUUCCUGAUAAAGCGAGGGAUAAAUUACGAAUGUGUCAGUCCAUGCAAAGUACUGGAAAAUUACAGCUAUCACCGAAUGUGAUAUAUGAUUUCACAAGCGAAGAUCUCCAAGAUUUAGGAGAAAUAGGACGAGGAGGUUUUGGCACUGUAAAUAAGAUGAUUCAUAGGAUAAGCGACACUGUUAUGGCUGUGAAGAGAAUUCGUUCUACAGUGGAUGAAAGGGAACAAAAGCAACUACUAAUGGAUUUAGAAGUUGUCAUGAAAUCCAAUGAAUGUCCAUGCAUCGUGCAGUUUUAUGGAGCUUUAUUUAAAGAAGGUGACUGUUGGAUUUGUAUGGAACUGAUGGAUACUUCGUUGGAUAUAUUUUAUAAAUUUAUUCAUGAGGUACUGAAAGAUAGAAUACCAGAGCGUAUUUUAGGAAAAAUUACUGUUGCUACAGUAAAAGCACUCAAUUACCUCAAGGAAAAGUUGAGAAUAAUUCAUAGAGAUGUAAAACCUAGCAAUAUUCUAUUAGACCGACAUGGUAAUAUAAAACUCUGUGACUUUGGUAUAUCAGGGCAAUUAGUAGAUUCUAUUGCGCGUACUCGAGAUGCUGGAUGCAGGCCUUACAUGGCUCCAGAAAGGAUAGAUCCUCAACGUGCAAGGGGUUACGAUGUAAGGAGUGACGUGUGGUCAUUGGGAAUUACGUUAAUGGAAAUUGCUACAGGUUAUUUUCCAUACCCGAAAUGGAAUUCGGUAUUCGAGCAGCUUUAUCAAGUGGUUCAAGGUGACCCACCAAGGUUAUCACCUAAUGAAAAUGGAAACCAUUUUACCAUGGAUUUCGUGAACUUUGUAAACACAUGUUUAAUUAAAGAAGAGACGCAGCGGCCAAAAUACAACAAAUUAUUAGAACAUCCUUUUAUCAGAAAAGCUGAGGAAGAUACAGUGGAUGUUGCUGCAUACAUAAGUGGUGUUCUCGACAACAUGGUUCUCAGGGGUUUGACGCCGUUUACCACUAAUCGACAUUGAACAUUGAAAUUGAAAUCAUGGGAAUAUACACAUUUGUACCUUAAUUUCUAUUAUUUUUGAAAUUUUAAAUUGAUUAUUGUAAAUGAGCAGGUCAUUUGCACUUUGGUCUAGCAUAGAUAGUAAAAUUAAUCGACAUCGAUCAUUGUUGAUAAUAAAUAAUUUUGUGUAGAAUCAUAUAGUGUGGUGUUGCAGAGUCCUUACAUACAUAAAAUUAGAAACAUUUUAACGGCGAAUUUAUUACGUAAUACAUAGAGGGAAAUUCUAAAUUGAAUUUUUCUUUGAGAUUACGACGAGAAGCACUCGUGUCUAUUGCCCGCUUUAUAUUAGAAAUCCUGAGAAUAAGAAUGGUGUAACCCCAAAGGGUGAUAUUCAAUACAUG